CUCAGCGACCAACAGAAGACACAGCAGCCAUACUCCCUCCCGUAGCUACUCCUACCAGUGUGCCGCUACUGACAUGGACAGCACGAGCUGCCUCGCGGACGACGCCACCACCAGCAGCGGCGGCGGCGGCGCCUCCACGGACAAGCUCAAGGCUUUGGCCGCCGCGGCGGCCGCCGCGGCGCCGAUCGAGCGCGUGGGCAGCGGCGCCAGCGCGGUGCUCGACGCGGCCGAGCCGGGCUCCGAGGCCGACUCCGGCGGCGGCCGUGCGGGGAAGCUGCCGUCGUCCAGGUACAAGGGCGUGGUGCCGCAGCCCAACGGGCGGUGGGGCGCGCAGAUCUACGAGCGGCACCAGCGCGUGUGGCUUGGCACGUUCCCCGGGGAGGCCGACGCCGCGCGCGCCUACGACGUCGCCGCGCAGCGCUUCCGCGGCCGCGACGCCGUUACCAACUUCCGCCCGCUCGCGGACGCCGACCCCGACGCCGCCGCCGAGCUCCGCUUCCUCGCCGCGCGCUCCAAGGCCGAGGUCGUCGACAUGCUCCGCAAGCACACCUACUUCGACGAGCUCGCCCAGAGCAAGCGCGCCUUCGCCGCGUCGGCCGCGCUCUCCGCGCCCACCACCUCGGGCGACGCCGGCGGCAGCGCCUCGCCGCCCUCCCCGGCCGCCGUGCGCGAGCACCUCUUCGACAAGACCGUCACGCCCAGCGACGUCGGCAAGCUGAACAGGCUGGUGAUACCGAAGCAGAACGCCGAGAAGCACUUCCCGCUGCAGCUCCCGGCCGGCGGCGGCGAGAGCAAGGGCCUGCUCCUCAACUUCGAGGACGAUGCGGGCAAGGUGUGGCGGUUCCGCUACUCGUACUGGAACAGCAGCCAGAGCUACGUCCUCACCAAGGGCUGGAGCCGCUUCGUGAAGGAGAAGGGCCUCGGCGCCGGAGACGUCGUCGGGUUCUACCGCUCCGCCGCCGGGAGGACCGGCGAAGACAGCAAGUUCUUCAUUGACUGCAGGCUGCGGCCGAACACCAACACCGCCGCCGAAGCAGACCCCGUGGACCAGUCGUCGGCGCCCGUGCAGAAGGCCGUGAGACUCUUCGGCGUCGAUCUUCUCGCGGCGCCGGAGCAGGGCAUGCCGGGCGGGUGCAAGAGGGCCAGAGACUUGGUGAAGCCGCCGCCUCCGAAAGUGGCGUUCAAGAAGCAAUGCAUAGAGCUGGCGCUAGCGUAGAGUUGUUACUAUUAGCUUGAUCUCUCUCUCUCCAGCUAGGCGGCGGUUUUGGCUCGCAUAAUUCAGGUGGUAGAGCUAGCCUAAUUAGUCCCUUGUUCUUAUCAACUUGGUUUGUUUAUUUGUCAUGUUCUUGCAUGCUCUGAUGUACUGUAAAUCUUAUCCUCCCAAAAGAUGUAUACUAAUUAAGGAAGCCGUAGAAGGAUGCUAGAUUAGAUCGUUCAACGGACGACGACGAAGAGCAAGAGAUGAUAAUAACAUUUUGAAUGUAGCCUAGCUCAUCAGUUUCCUCGUCAAAUUGAACAUAUCCUAUUUGGCACUAGAA